UCUGCGCUUUACAACACUACCCAGCUGACGCAAAAAGCCAGCCACGUUGUGAAAACGCCGACGAACUAACUAAUCCGCGACUGAAACUAAAUUAAAGCGUAGCUAAUAUGGUGCUGGAUCUGGAUCUGUUUCGCAGCGACAAGGGUGGGAAUCCCGACGCCGUUCGCGAUAACCAGAAGAAGCGCUUCAAGGAUGUGGCUCUGGUGGAGACGGUGAUCGCCAAGGACACGGAAUGGCGUCAGUGCCGCCACCGCGCGGACAACCUGAACAAGGUGAAGAACGUCUGCAGCAAGGUGAUCGGCGAAAAGAUGAAGAAAAAGGAGCCGGUGGGCGCAAUGAGCGAGGAUCUGCCGGCCGGCGUCACUCAGGAUCUCACUGAGAUCGUUGCCGAAACGCUGCAGCCACUGACCGUCAAUCAGAUCAAGCAGCUGCGCGUCCUUAUCGACGAUGCCAUGACGGAGAACCAGAAGUCACUGGAGCUGGCCGAGCAGACGAGGAAUACCUCUCUGCGGGAGGUGGGCAACCACCUGCACGAAUCUGUCCCAGUGUCGAAUGACGAGGAGGAGAACCGCGUGGAACGGACUUUUGGUGACUGCGAAAAGCGCGGCAAGUACUCGCACGUGGACCUCAUCGUGAUGAUCGAUGGCAUGAACGCCGAAAAGGGAGCCGUAGUGUCGGGCGGACGUGGCUACUUCCUCACCGGAGCAGCCGUUUUCCUGGAGCAGGCUCUCAUCCAGCACGCGUUGCAUCUGCUGUAUGCCCGUGAUUACGUUCCUCUGUAUACGCCCUUUUUUAUGCGCAAGGAGGUGAUGCAGGAGGUGGCCCAGCUAUCGCAGUUCGACGAAGAACUGUACAAAGUUGUGGGCAAGGGGAGCGAGAAGGCCGAGGAGGUGGGCGUCGACGAGAAAUACCUGAUCGCCACCUCUGAACAGCCCAUUGCCGCCUACCAUCGCGAUGAGUGGUUGCCAGAGGCAUCGCUGCCCAUCAAGUACGCUGGCCUGUCCACCUGUUUUCGACAGGAAGUGGGCUCCCACGGUCGCGACACUCGCGGCAUUUUCCGCGUCCAUCAGUUCGAGAAGGUGGAACAGUUCGUGCUCACCUCCCCGCACGGCAACAAGUCCUGGGAGAUGAUGGACGAGAUGAUUGGCAAUGCAGAGCAGUUCUGCCAGUCUCUGGGCAUUCCAUAUCGCGUGGUGAACAUCGUAUCAGGGGCCCUCAACCAUGCCGCCUCAAAGAAGCUGGAUCUAGAGGCCUGGUUCGGUGGCAGCGGCGCCUACAGAGAGCUUGUAUCGUGCUCCAACUGUUUGGACUACCAGGCCCGCCGUCUGCUGGUGCGUUACGGGCAAACCAAGAAGAUGAACGCCUCCGUGGACUACGUGCACAUGCUGAACGCCACGAUGUGUGCCGCCACUCGAGUAAUCUGCGCUAUCCUGGAGACCCAUCAGACAGAGACGGGCAUCAAGGUGCCGGAACCAUUGAAGAAGUACUUACCAGCCAAGUUCCAGGAUGAGAUCCCGUUCGUCAAGCCCGCUCCUAUUGAUCUGGAGCUGGCAGCCGCUGAGAAACAAAAGGGCAAAAAGGAAAAGACCAAGAAGGACCCGGCUGCCGGUUAAUAUUAAAGUUCACUCAAUUACUACGAAAUAUACUGCUAAACUAAGCUUGCAAAGUCCUCUAAAUUUUUGUUACCUAUCGACUUAUCUAAUAUUUAUGGCAUUUAUAUAAACUUUAAAAUGGAUCAAGCUGUGCUUUGAAAGCAA